GAGAUUCGCGAGCAAAUGGAGCAAGAAGAGCGAUCCCGAGCCAUUCAGCAAGCGAUGGAAAUGUUGCAAACGACCGAAACCAAUACGGUCGAAUCUAUGAUGGAAAAGUCCGCUGACAAUGGCGCGGACGUGCACUUUACCAAUUUGGACUUGCCCAAUUUACGCGGCGGGGGUCAACCUUUGCUGCAAAACGCUAACAUUACCUUUUCUCGAGGUCGACGAUACGGACUCAUGGGACGGAACGGUUGCGGAAAGACCACAUUGCUGACCUUUAUGGCUAGUCGACAAAUGGAAGGAGCCGUUCCGAAGCACAUGAAUAUGGUCCUCGUACGUCAGGAAAUCAUGGGCAACAAAUGGACGGCCGUCGAAACAGUUCUCAAGAGUGAUGUCAAACGAGAAUCGCUUCGGGAGCGCAAACGACAAAACCUGCAAAAGUCUGCUCGCAAGGCAGCGGAAUCUUCCACCACAGCACAAAUGCAAGAGUCGAAAGAUGCACAGCGACUCAAGCUCAACGAAAAGCUGGGAUUGGCCUAUCAGCGUUUGGCACAGGUCGAAGAAGAGGAAGGCGGGGAUCCGGAACCGCGCGCACGCAAAGUAUUGGCUGGCCUCGGAUUUGCAAAAGAAAUGCAAGAUAAGCCCACUGAUGAACUUUCUGGAGGAUGGCGGAUGCGGGUAUCGAUUUCGUGUGCGCUUUUCGCAAAUCCAUCGUUAUUGUUGCUCGACGAACCGACAAAUCAUUUGGAUUUGGAAAGUGUUCUCUGGUUGGAGCGAUAUUUGACAACCACGUUUUCUGGUACGCUUGUGGUAGUCUCGCACGAUCGGCACUUUUUGAACGAAGUGGUUACGGAUGUCGUACAUUUCCAUCGCAGCCAAUUGACCACUUAUCGUGGAGAUAUAUCCAGCUUUGAAGCAGUACGGGAUGACGAUCGUUUGCGGCAACAACGCCAGCGUGAGCAGCAAGAAGCAAAGCGAGCACAUCUGCAGAAGUACAUUGAUUUACACGCACAAGCCGGUGAGAAUGGUGUCAAGGCUGCUCGUCAACGAAAAAGUAAGAUGAAGAAGCUUGACAAACUUGGAGUUGAAGAAGUACUCGACGACGAAGAAGUCAUACUGAAUUUUCCUGAUCCGGGGGCUUUCGAUGGUGACAUUGUACGUUUGGAGCAAGUCAAGUUUGGGUAUUCAGCCCAAAAUAUUUUACUAGAGACUGUCGAUUUGACUGUCAAUCUUAAGUCUCGAAUUGCUCUACUCGGUCGCAACGGAUGUGGAAAGUCAACCUUGAUCAAGCUGGCGGUUGGGGCAUUACAGUCGAUGCAAGGCAAGGUCGUUAUCGAUCCCGGUGCCAAAAUCGAGUACUUGGCGCAGCAUCAACUGGAGCAACUCGAUCCCGACGGUACUCCUUUGCAAACGAUGGUAGACCGAUAUCCUGGAGAUCACAGCAACACUCAUAUUGGUGAGCUACGCCGAUAUCUUGCAAACUUUGGCCUAGGCGGGGAGAUCUUGCCCGUCCAAAAGAUUCACACUAUGUCGGGAGGUCAGAAAUGCCGCGUUUGUCUGGCUUGCGCUAUGUACCGCAAACCACACUUGCUGAUCCUGGAUGAACCGACGAAUCACUUGGAUCUCGAAACAACAGCAGCUCUAAUUGACGCCAUCAAAACGUUUCAGGGAGGCGUGCUCUUGGUCAGUCACGACCAGCACUUGUUGACUUCCGUAUGUGAAGAUUUGCUGGUAGUCGAAAACGGAAGAGUG